AUGCACAAAAAUCAGUUGACUGCAAAGAUGUAAUUCUUGACAGUGAAGGAAACAUAAUAGGGAUGAGCAGAUUAGAUCCAGAUCAACUGCCAUCCAAUCGGGUCAGAGUGAAGUACCACAUUCAAGAAUGUUCAACACCUAAAAAAGCUAUAAAACCCACAAAAUCAUUUAAAUAUCCAGAAAAUAAAAUGUUUAGCAAAUAUAUAUUUCGAAGACCUCAACAAGGCAAGUCGCCAAAGAAAAAUAGUCAUUUUGGCACAUCAGAAUAUGUAUUAUCAUCAAACUUUUUAUCACUGAUGGAGUCAAUAGAACUAGUCCCUGGAGUCAAGAUCAAAGAUGAUAAAACAACAAAAUCUGGCCCCAAAAUCCGUGAACCUUCAGAACAUGCGUAUAACUCAGAUGAUUUGAACAGAAUGGAAAAUGACACGCCUCAAACUGAGAAUAAUUCACAUUCAUUAGACAGAAAGACAGCUUUACCAGAAAAUUUUUGUUUACCUCCAAUCACUUCACACGUUUCAUUUCAAAAGUCACUGUAAUUUGGUUAGGUAUAGAAACCUGUUAAUGUUCUAAACAUAUCUGAGAGAUAGGAAAGCCCUAAUUUUUUUGUCUGUUUCUCAUUUAUUGUUUACAUAAUGUUAACUAAAAUUCACCCUAAUCUUAAACUAAAUGAGAAAUAAUAUUUUUAAGAAAUUCAGAAAUAAAAAAUAAUGCUUUAUUGUUUUGUUAAAAAUA